AUGGUAAUGACAAGGAGUCAGCAGGAGAACGCAACCGAUUACCCUUUCGGAAUGCCCCGAGACACCCCCAGGCGACAAACUAACCAGAAUGAGGAGGGAAUGGAAGAAUCAUAUGUGGACCGGUCCCAGCAACCUAACCCGUCCUCGGCCAUCGAACAACUGAAAGCCGAAAUGAUGGAACUCAAGAGGCUCCGAGAAAAGGAUGCCCACGAAUUAUCAGUCUUGAGAAGAGAGAACGCCGAACUCAGAAGUGAUAACCGAUCGUGGCAUCCGUCUCACGACAUCCCUAACACACAAUCCACCCGGGAUCACGGGGAUUCAUCAGGAUGGUACAGGGAAACAAGGGAUCCAAAGCCCCCAGCAGGAGUGACAACUACUACUCUUGAUCAGCAACGCCGACAAGGGAGGACACCAUUCACCCUGGACAUCACCGGAGCCCGUUUACCCGAUAAUUGGAAAAACUUGGCCCUGGAGAAGUAUGACGACACUACCGAUCCCGAGGAGCACCUUGACGCGUUCGUCACUCAGGUCAGUCUGUACACCGAUGAUGAUGCGAUCAUGUGUAAGGUCUUCCCUACUUCGUUGAAAGGACCAGCACUCAAUUGGUUCACGAGACUCCCUCCCGGAUCGAUUGAUUCGUUCACAACCUUAUCAUCCCGUUUCAUGAUACAAUUCGCCACGAGCCGCCCUCACCAACUCACGUCAAUCGCGUUAGUCAACAUACGUCAAGAAAAGAAGGAACCCCUCAGAACAUUCAUGGAAAGAUUCGGGAAAAUGACUUUGUCCAUCUGGGAUCUGGAUCCCGCGGUGGCCAUGCACCAACUCACCACGGUACUGAGGUCGGGUCCUUUCGUAAAUGGCUUGUGCAAAAAGCCACCCAGAGACUUGGAUGAUCUUAGACAAAGAGCCACCAAGUACAUGCAGAUGGAGGAAUUGCCCGAGUUCUGA